CAAACAAAAGAUCAAUUGACUUAUGAAGUUAUGCAACGGUUAAAAGAAGUUGAUUGUUCACCUGAAUCUAUAGUCUCUCUUUCUGAUGAAGGACUUGGAAAACUUAUAUAUCCUGUGAGCUUUUGGAAGAAUUGGGAUACACGCAAGAGCUGAAAGUAUAGGAUUUACACAGCCAAACGUGCUAAUGCUACAAAAAAAUCCAGGAUUGCUAUCAGAAAAAAUCGCCUAUAUGUCGCCGUCUAACAUAGAUUGGAAACUUAUUCAGAAGGUGAAUUUAGAUUCCUACUUCGAAACAGGCGAUCGACUACUCAAACAAUGCAAGACCAUACAAUCUUUGUACGACAAAACUUCAUCAGUCUGCCCGCAUAACCAACUAAUCAAAAGCUAUAUUGGACAAAUCCAAGAGACCAAAAUGCAAUCGGAAAAAGUUAUAGAAUUGCUAGUUGGCCUUGAUUUGUCAAAAACAUCAAUACAACGCAGGUCUGUUCUGCCAUUCGUUGGCCAAACAAGCAGAUUUUUAUUCGGCACAAUGGAUGAAAAAGCACAAAGAAAUAUGGAAAAUUUAAUUGAAUUAUCAUCCAACGACACGCGCAAGACAGCGAAGCUGUUAGCUCAACAAACGGAAUUGGUAGAAACGGAAUUUCAGGAAAUGAAUAUCAAAAUAAACAAAUUAACUAGUGUGGUUUCGAACAUUUCUAAAUCUUUUGACUAUUACUACAAAAGAGACACCCUUCAGAUAGCAACACAAAUUCUAGACCAAACUGUCACGCAAUACAAACUUGACACAGAAAUUAUUACAGACGCUAUAUUCUUCGCCUCGCAGGGCUCAAUACACCCGCGUUUUUUAUCUCCGGACCUCAUUUACAAGUCAGCCGAAUUAGUAAGAGAAACUGUCCCGGAUGCAAUUUUUCCACUGAACGUUCCUAGCCAACAUGGAGAAAAUACAGCAUAUACGUGAAGUCAUCGAAUCUCUCGAAGUUCAAUCAACGUUACUGGAAGACCUAACGCUUGACGACACCACAACCAAGAAUAUGCUGGAAGCCGCCAUCUGCAAUUUGAGAGUGUCCAUGCUAAACUUGGAACUUAUUGCAAACAACAUUUUUAAAAAAGUAGAAGAAGAGGAGGAGAAGACACUGCAACCUGUCUCGUCAACUAGUGGCACACAGGGCAAGGCCACAAUUUACACAGAAACAAUAUCCGACCAAUCUUCAAGUAGCGCUAGUGAGAAUACAAUAAAAAAAAAUAAAAGUGCACUUAGGAGAGUAAAGAGAGAAGAAAAGAGAAAAUUAAAGCGAAAACGGCAUAGUGAGAAGGAAAAAUUGAAGAAAACAGUGAAAAGUGAAUUUCUCCUUAAAGCAAAAAUGUGCGCACACAGGGAUGCAUUCCCAAACCCGGAGGUUGUAAAGUAUAGCAGCAGUGAUGAGCGCAGUUCGGAUAGCGCACCGCUCGCCUCCCGCAUAGGCGUUAAUCCAGUCUCGGCCAUAAAACGGCUAGCGACCGAAAGAGAAUCCUUUCCGGUCCCAUCUAUACAGCAGGGUACACAGUGCGUGAGGUGCGGCACCAGAUUCAUGAAAUCAAAGGAGAAGGAAGAAGAAGAAAACAUGGACGUUCGGAUUUGCAGUGGUGGACAUGCAGAUUAUGCAGUAAUCAUACGCAUAAUUCAUGCAUGACAAGGCACGAAAUACAGCAAGGACCGCUGUUCCUUUGCAGAACAUGUGCCAAUACAAGAUCUAUGAUAAAUUCAAGAUCCUGCAGCAAGAGCAACAAACCAAGAGUUAAAUCCAAUGUCGUGGUGCAAGUGCACAUGGCAUCUGUGAACUCGGCCGGAUCAACUACCCAAGCUGCACCAUUCCAAUCUACCUCACAAACGACGCAGCAGUGGAUUUUUAGAUUUAGAUUUUAUUUAUUUAUUUUGCUGUACAAUGUGUUGUACAAAAUUUUAUAAAAAAUAAAUACGUAGUAAAGUAAUAAAUUAUGAUUUUGAGUGAGGUGAGACUGAGAUGUCUGUGGAGAUAAUAAUAUGUGGAGAUAAGCUAUGUGUUUUCAAGGGUGAAAAAGUAGUGUCUGGCUUGUUUCUUGAAGUGUGUAAUGGAUCUAUUGUCGCGGAGCUGUAAAGGUAGUGUAUUCCAUAGGUAUGAGGCGCUUAUGUGGAAUGAGUUCCUCAGCGUCUCUGUAGCGAAGGUUGGGAUGUCCAGAGGUGUCACCUCACCCCUGACAGGACGAAGUGCGACGUGGAAGUCAAAAUAGGCAGUGAUGUAUGAUGGUACCGCUGUGUUGAAAAGUUUUCUUAAAAAGCAAGCCAUGAAGUACUUCCUACGUCCAGCGGUGGUAAGCCACUGCAACUCGCGUCUGUAAGGGGUGAUGUGCUCGUCCCUUCUUACACCAUAGAUGUAACGAGUAAGUGGAGGGAGAGUAAGGAAACCUUAACAGAGGCAACAAGUCCCAGCUGCGACACAUGUGAGGAUUCUUGCAUGGGUCCUACCUGCAGCUGCAGCAGACAAAGUGAAAGUGAUUAGUGAAAUAUGUAGUGCGAACGAGGUGUGAGGAAGUAUGUAAGGUAUGGGCUAUGAUAGCAUUAGAUUGUAACUAUUUAUUAUUAAAAUUUAUUAAAAUCACGACAUUUCAAUGCAUAUACAGUAUACACUUGUAUGAGAUCAUGUCUUAGUCAGUAAAAACUUCAAACAUUUUAGUUACAAAAUAUUUAAAUAUAAAUGUCAUUAUUUUAGUAAAUUAAUAUUCACGCAAUUUCAUGUUAACGCAAAGAAAAACAAAAAACCAACAACUAAAAUCGUUCAUCAUAAUCUUUCCCUUAAAAUAUUAAAAUAGGGAAUUCAAUAUAAUCAAACUCACGCGGCGGCAGAAAAUAAUCACAUUUAAAUAUUUAUAAGACAAUAAUAUCAAACCGCUCUCAAGGUUUCGUACGUGCAAUUUACAAUGAAAAUUGCAUAGUUAAACGGUUAAAAUCACACAUGAAAGUAUACAAAAAAAUUAUUACACGUAAUUAAAUAAUAAAUUCAUUGGAAGUUGAAUGCGCGAUAAGAACGUUAGUUGCAAAAACAAUGGAUCCACACAGUAACUUACUUAUAGUCAUUAAUGUUUACCUACAUUUAUAAUUGCAUAUUAUACCCUUUCCUUUUUCCGAAAUUACUGUGUGAAUUUAUCAAAUAUUCAUAUUAAAACUUGAUUUAAAUAUAUAAAAAAAAACAUGAUUCGAUAGUCGAAACGACAAGGUUUAAAUAUUCUCAUGAAUAGCACUUACGCAACUAGCAAACAAAUUCAAAUAAAAAAUAAAGGAGCAUAGGAGCAUGGGAUACUCGUAUCAGGCUCAGCGAUUAUCCGAUGGCAUGAGAAAAUAAAAAAGAAUUUAUUGGCUGUCGCUCAAAAGCUAAGCUCAAUAUACUUAUAUGAGUACAAAAUAUAAAAGAAAUACGGAAAGCACGACUAUUAAUAGUCUCACAUCAUGAGCGUAUAUUUGAUUGCUCACAAAUCUUCGACCUUAUCAGUGCAAUGUUAACAGUUAAGCAUUUUUAUGCGCUCCUCGCGGAAAAACAUGAACUAAUGUUUUCCUAAUAAUACAGCAAAUAUGCAACAAAAAGCAUACACAUUUUUGCACUGAAACAAUAUCAAUAAGACACAGUCAACAACAAGUGAACAAUAUCUACGAUCUCACAGCAGUAUAUUCAGAAAAAUCUCAUUUCUUUUGAUAUUUGCAUGAGAUAGGGCUACGGUCAUUCUUAGCUUCUAUUCUUAACACUAUCAAAUUUCAUUUAAUUUCAAUUAACAAAAUCGUUUACAUCUUUUAGUUUGGAACCAUGAAUAUAAAUAAUUAUAAAUAAAUAAUUUAUAACAUCAAGCUCGAUUCGACAAUCGAUGAUAUGUAGAAAGUCACAAUUAAAAAAAAAAUCAUACAAAAAUUUAAUUUCACCAGAAACAAAAAAAAUUGUAUAUUUAUACACAGCAUACAAACAAACCAAAUUAAUUACUUAUUAUAUUUUUCAUAUUAUAGCUAUUAUUACCUUUUAAUUACAAUAAAUUUUUAUGUAGCUUAUAAAAACAAGAUGUAUCUGUAACUAGGUUAAGCAUUUUUUAUAAUUAUAUAUUAAAUGAGAGAGAGACCACACAUGUAUCUACACUUAAGAAGAAAUCACGAACAUCAGUACACUUACAAUACACACGAUUUAGGAUAAUUACCUGUCAUCGGGACGAUGACGUCGCGGCCAUUGGGCGUGUCGCGUACGCACACUGACGUGCAUACGUGUAGCGCAGCAUGGCAACAACGAAAGGACAUCGCGAGCUCGGACGAACCUUACACCCGCCUUAUCACUGCAUGCCGAUGUGCAGUGGCAGGCUUAAUUAGCCGUGCGCGACCAGCUCUCGGCUCAGUUCUACGGGAAUCAUACUAUCUGACACAUCUCUCUCAUUGUCCUUUAAUGAAAACCAUUCACUACACUCA